AUGGACACAUCAGGUAUCCUAGCUUCACAAAAUGCCACCAUUUCAUCCAUCCUCGGUUUCUGUGCCUUUUGCAGAGCUUCCAGCAGCACUACAUUGGGCCAGAGCACCCGGAGGUUCACAACCUCUGUGGACCGUAGGAGCCACUAUGAGGAGGGCCCUGGGAAGAAUUUGCCAUUUUCAGUGGAAAACAAGUGGUCGUUACUAGCUAAGAUGUGUUUGUACUUUGGAUCUGCAUUUGCUACACCCUUCCUUGUAAUAAGACACCAACUGCGUAAAACAUAAGGAUGUUUCAGUUCAUCCAAUUAACAGAUAUGAAGAGCAUUUUAAGAGGUGCAGCCUCUGGAAGUGGAUCAAACUUGAACUCAUAUGGCAUACUAGAUAUGUUUGUCAAUAAACUUAUGACAUGAAAAAAAAAAAAUCCAGGACAGCCCAAAGUGAAGUAAACAUCUUUU